AUGCUCAAGCGCCGGCUACGAGUCUCAGCGCCGGAUGUCAUUGCGUGGGUCUGCGUCCUGUACGCUGCGACGACUGCGUACUUGCACGUUCGCCUCGCCCGCAUGCCCGCCGUCGUUACGUUUCUCUCGCUCCUCAAUCCGCUCGGGUCCGGCGUCGUCUUUGCCUUCUGCAGCGCUCUCCACGCCCGUGUCGCCUGUCAUUUUAUCACAUCGCGCUAUCGCAUCAACACGACGACGAGCCAGCUACGCGCCAUCAAGCCCCUCGUCGUGCGUGGCUGCCGGCCCAGAGCUGUGAAAGCCGCGCCGCGCCUUACGCGUGCGCUGCGGCUCAAGAGCUUUUUUCGACUUCGUCUCAGAUCCAACGAGAUUGCGACCGACCUCCGAGUCGUGCGCUCUGCCCUUCGCCAUCCGUCGUUUUCCACUGUGAGCAGCAUGCCGCUGCAAAAGCUCGUGCUCACAUGGAAGGAUCGAUGGGUGCGACUGCAGAUUGCUGGCGAAGGCCACUAUGCUCGGUUCAUGGGGCCGAAAGGCUUUUUCAGUCGUGCGGGGUCCCACUACGAGCUGGUGCGUGGCGUCAACUGGAGCGGUCGCAUCCGCAACAACUUUGUCGUGCUCUACGGCUUCAUCUUUGCGCUGCAAUGCGCUCUCAUGCCUGCCCUCAUCGCGUGGAAUUUCUACAAGUAUGCCGACUCGCGGCAUCGAUCCAAGCGCCGGAAGCACCGGGAGUGGAUCCUCGUGCUCGUGAUGGCGUUCGACAUGGCCCUCAGCGUCGGCAUCCCGAUUGCGAUCAUCGUGCCGGCCUACUGGCGCUACUAUAUCAACCCUGCGAUCCUCUCGGACGUGACGUUUGACGUCUACGCCGUCUCAAUUAUCAAGUCGUUCAUGGUGGCGUCGCUCCUGGACUUGAUGGCGCUGGCCGUGCCACUGGUUAUGAUCGCAGUGACCUUGCGCAACCUGCACGAAGCCCGCGUGACGGCAUUUCUCUGGGACAGCAUCGUCACGGCCGCGUCGCCCGUGGACCAGCUAGCGCAUUUGAAAAAGUACUUCAACUUGGCCGACUUGGAGGGCCGGCUGCCGUCCAAAGCCCUCCGCAAUGGGGCCAUCCUCAGCCCAGGCGGCAGACAACAAUCGCGCGAUCUCGCCUCGCUAUUUGCUAGCUUGCCGUCGCUGAAGAAGUUGCGGGGGACGCCCGUCGUUCCGUUUCAUCAAGCGCUCAGCCCCACGACGCAGCAUUUGACUCGCAUCCAAGACGAAGAGGUGCGUGACCACUCGAGUCGGCUCGUUCUCUUUGGCGCCGCGCUGCUUGUCGGUAGCACAGCCGCCGUCUUGGUGCUUAUUGUGGUGCUACGCGCAGCGUCUGCAACUCUCUGUCUACCGCCGCGCCUCACCGACCACUGGAGCUGCGCGGGCAGCCUUCGCCCGUGGCACUUGUCUUCGCUGUGGGACCAAGCGUGCGUUUGCCAGAUUGUGCACAUCAACUGCGAUUCGGAUGCCCAGGUGUACGAGAACGUUGCCACGUUUGUGACGACAUACCCGACCGAGCACAUCAACUAUCUCAAGCUCCAAGGGUGUGAUGUGGGUCGCCUUUACCCGUCGAUGGUGCGCCUCAGUGAUCUAUGGGGCCUCGAAGCCAGCGCUGUGCCGACCCAGCACCCACCAGAUGUCGAACUAUCUCAGUUCUCCAAGCUGGUCUACUUGUCGUUGCGGCAGAACCCAUGGCCCGACCUCCCACUGUUUCUACAACAGGUGCCUCCACUGCUCUCGGCGCUGGACCUCUCGGAGACAUCCUUUCGGACGUGGCCAACGUGGGUGGGCGCGGCGUGGUUCAACCUCACCCAGCUAACCGUCGUGAGCGCGCGCAUGAUGGAAUUCCCGACCACUCUCUUCGAGCUCGACUGGCUCGCAACGCUCGACCUGACCAACAACUCGAUCGCUGUCCUGCCACCCGUACCGGGCGGAGCAUGGUCCCGCGUCAAGGAUCUGCGCCUUGGAGGGAACCAGCUACGGGCCAUUCCACCCAACAUCUUUGCCCUCCCGAGCCUCCAGACGCUCACAUUGGCCAAGAACGAGCUCACGUCGUGCCCAGUCGCGCCGAUGCCACUUGGUAUUUACACACUCGACGACAACCCGUGCUGCAACGCGUCGACGACCGUCCCAGCCUGUGCAUCGAGCUGCCGUCCACUCUGCGACAGCUACUAUGCAGCGUCGCCGGUCUGCAGUCCGUUCUGCAACGGCAGCAUCUCAUGUCGCUCGAGCUCGAGCUGUUCCGUGUAGCAUCAAACAAGCCACUGCCCGCGUUCGUCUUGGGUCAAGGCCGGAUACGCACCGCUUCCUGUCGCUGCGCCAUGCACGCGAAAUCCGAGCGCUCCAUAGAAAGGGGACGCACACUAAGAACUUGAUGUGUCAUGAUAAAACGACAAAAGACAGCUUGGAGCAACGGCUGCAACGGUUU